AAUAGUUUACAGUUCUGUAUUUAUUCGGGUUAAAUACAGAUAUCAUCGGAACUAAAAUCCGCUUUUCCAGAGGGAGGAAACCCUAUAUAAGGGCACGUUGGCACAACUUGUUGCUUCUUAUUCGUCCGCUAUUUGGCUUCAGUGAAUCACUUUGGACCGUUGUGCCAGUUUUAUUUUUUUGUGUCUAAGUGAUCAAAAGUUUCAGGUAGCUCGGGAUGGACAGUGAAGAAUUCCGAAUAAAAGGUAAAGAACUAAUAGACUACAUAGCAGACUACUUAGAAAACAUCCGGGACCGCCGGGUAUUCCCGGACAAAAAACCGGGAUUCAUCCGGGGUCUGAUCCCGGAAACUGCCCCGAUAAAAGGCGAAUCCUGGGACAACAUUUUCAAAGAUGUAGAAAACGUCAUAAUGCCCGGGGUAACCCACUGGCAAAGCCCCCAUAUGCACGCAUACUUUCCAGCCCUUAACAGCUACCCCUCGAUGCUGGGCGAGAUGCUGAGUAACGCCAUUAACUGUAUAGGAUUCACUUGGGCUUCAAGUCCAGUUUGUACUGAGCUCGAAAUGGUUGUGAUGAACUGGCUAGGAAAAAUGAUUGGUCUUCCAGAAGAGUUUCUUCAUAGAAAGGGCGGGGAUGGAGGGGGUGUUAUUCAAACUACUGCUAGCGAGUGUACUUUAAUAAGCCUUUUAGCGGGGCGAUAUGUAGCUAUUAAGAUGUUUAAAGACCUUUACCCGACUGCUUCUAAGCAUGAUAUUAAUGGGAAAUUAGUGGCCUACAGCUCUGACCAAGCACACUCAAGUGUGGAGAAGGCGGCCCUCAUAGGCCUCGUCACCUUAAGGUACAUAGAAUGUGACGAAAAUUUCUCAAUGAGAGGUGAUAAGCUGUUAAAAGCCAUAAAACAAGACAGGGAACAAGGGCUGAUACCCUUCUGGGUGUGCGCUACUUUGGGUACCACCGGCUCGUGCGCCUUCGACAACCUACAAGAAAUAACAGAAAUCUGUUACAAAGAAUUAUUGUGGUGUCAUGUGGACGCAGCUUAUGCGGGUUCUUCCUUCAUUUGUCCAGAGUACAGGGUGUGGCUAAAGGGUAUUGAAAAAGCGAACUCUAUUGCUUUUAACCCUUCUAAGUGGUUAAUGGUGCAUUUUGAUUGCACUGCCAUGUGGGUUAAGAAUAGUAGCGCCCUACAUGGAGCAUUUAAUGUAAACCCUUUAUAUUUGACUCACGAGUAUUCUGGGUUAGCAAUAGAUUAUAUGCACUGGCAAAUACCUUUAAGUAAACGGUUUCGUUCGCUAAAGCUCUGGUUUGUGAUAAGGAACUAUGGCAUAACAGGCUUACAAGAACAUAUAAGAAAAGGGGUGAUGUUAGCUGAGAAGUUCGAGUCUUUUGUGAGGAGUGAUCAACGGUUCGAAGUGCCUGCCAAAAGGCAUUUAGGGUUGGUUGUUUUCCGAUUAGUUGGGGAUAAUUUUAUUACUGAAACCCUAUGUAAAAGGUUAAACUCACGGGGUAACAUACAUUGCGUACCAGCCAACCUAAAGGGCAAAUACGUCAUAAGAUUUACAGUGACUGCCCCAAGAACAACUCUAGAUGAUAUAGUCAAAGAUUGGAAAGAGAUAGUAACUGUUGCCAAUGGCAUUUUGCAAGAAAGAGAAAAAUAUAUGAAAAGAGCCAAAGUACCUCUAGGAGAAACCAAAGACAAAAAUGAAAAUUUCGGAUCCAGUUUGCUCUUAUCAAACGUUCCCAUGUCUCCCAAAAUUGUAAAUGGAUCUUUUGCAGCUAUUUACGAUCAAGGAGACGUGCUUGAACAAUUUCAGAAAACCAUUAAGUUGAGAAAAGAUGCCCAGGAUAGUCCUGCAAUGCGUCGACGUAUAAGAGGAAUACUGAUGUCUGGAAAACAGUUUUCCUUAGAUUCCAGACUGGAUUUGUUCCACGGAAUCGACGUGUCCCCCACAGGAAAACCAGAGUCACACUUGGACGUUGUAGAAGACACUUUGGAAGUUGAUGAAAAAAGUAGCAGUGCCUCUGAACAUGAAACUCAAAGUGAAUCUCCUUCUCCGAAACGGAAUAACUUGGAUGUUCCAUUUGGUCGACACGUAAGAUCCAAAUCCGUAGAUCACCAAACUAAUUUGACCAUAAAAGAUGUGGAAGUAACUAAGAAGGUUUGCCAUAAGUGCGGUCAUAAGGUGGGAAAAAUUGGAAAGCCUGAUGCGGUCGAAUCUGGGUAAAAUAUUUUAAAGUUGUAAUGGUUCAUGUAUUUAUUGUGCUUUAAAGUGUUGAGAAAUCAAUAAAUGUUAAGCAUCA